CGCACCGCGGCCGCCUGCGGAGCGCCCGGAAACGGCAGCAGCGGCGCGGGGCCGGAGCUAACCCCACGCAGACAUGAGCGGGCUGGGGGCCGUCGGGGAGCCGCCGGGCAGCAGCGGGGUCUCUCGUCCCGAGGAGACCCGCGCCGCCGCACCUGUGGAUUUCCUGCAGGAGCUGCCCAGCUACCGGUCGGCGCUGAGGCGGCGAGCGGCCGGCGGGGGCAGCCAGGAGCGGCGGGCGGCCCCGCAGGGCUCCGCGGGGUUCCGUGCUGCCCCGGCCCGCGGGCCGCAGCCAGAGGGAGGGGAGCCGGCUGCGCGCCCCGCCAGAGAGUACCCCUUGAGCAUCGCGGAGAAGAGGAAGUUAAGGGACUGUCAGCAGGCAGAGACAAAAUAUUUAUCUAGAUGGAAACAGUGGAAAAGAGCUAGCAGUAAAUCAUUGAGAAGAGUCUUCAGUGAAAUCAAGGAGUUGUCAUCGUACCUGCAGCUUUGGCGACAUGAUAUUCACAGCAUAGAGGGGAAAUUUGGUACUGGCAUCCAGUCCUACUUCUCCUUCCUGCGUUUUCUGGUCCUGCUGAAUUUUAUAAUUUUUAUCCUGAUGUUCAGUUUUGUUACCCUUCCCAGCAUCAUUUCUAAAUAUGAAGUAUUCAACAGUAGCAUUGCUAAAAUUCCUCCAAAGAACAUAGAGCCUCACUGUACAGUCUAUGAACCUAGUGGCAAUAAGGGACUUGUUUACUUCUAUACUUACCUCAAAGAUUUGCUCAGUGGCACUGGGUUCCUUGAAGUGACAAGUUUGUUUUAUGGCUAUUACACCAUAGAUGCUGCACGGAUCAGUAUCAUGAGGUACAACUUGCCACUGGCUUAUCUGCUGGCUACAUUUGCCUACCUUGCAUUAAGUUUUCUCUGGAUAAUAAAAAGGUCUGUGGCAGGGUUUAAGCAGAACUUGGUGCAUGAUGAAGACCAAUUUCAGAGUUACUGUAACAAAGUCUUUGCAGGCUGGGACUUCUGCAUUACAGAUCCAAAUGCAGCACGGCUGAAACAUCACAGCUUGCAGUAUGAACUCCAAACAGACUUGGAGGAGGAAAGGCUGAAGCGAAAAAUAGCUGACAGGACAACGAAAGAGAAGCUGCGCAUUUACUCGCUGAGAAUAUUUAUCAAUAUAAUUGUCAUUGCAGUUUUAUCAGGAUGCUUUUACUCUAUUUAUAAAGCAACUGUCUUCUCUCAGGAAAACUCCAAUGAUGUCAGCAAUAUGAACUCCCAGACUAACCUCCUAGUGCAGUAUUUGCCUUCCAUUGUGAUCACAUUGGCCAACUUAAUUGCUCCUCAGAUCUUCUCACUUCUGAUCAGAUUUGAAGAUUAUUCACCAGCCUUUGAAAUCAGGCUGGCACUUAUAAGGUGUGUCUUCUUGCGCUUGGCCAGUGUCGGCGUUCUCUUGUUCUCGCUGUGGGGUCAGAUCUCCUACUGUGACAGUGACAAGUGUAGGGCCUGUGGAUACAAUUACAAACUCUAUCCAUGCUGGGAAUCUGAUGUUGGGCAAGAAAUGUAUAAACUGGUGAUAUUUGAUUUAAUUACAGUUGUUGCUGUGACCCUCUUUGUGGACUUUCCUAGAAAGUUGUUAGUUACUCAUUGCUCUUGCAAGCCAUUUAAGUGGUGUGGAUUGCAGGAAUUUGGAAUUUCUGACAAUGUCCUAGAAAUCAUUCAUGGGCAGACUGUCUGCUGGAUUGGAACCUUCUUUUCACCACUUCUCCCUGCAAUAGCAACUAUAAAGUACUUCAUCAUCUUUUACAUUAAAAAGAUCAGUUUGAUACACACACGUAAACCUGCAGCUAGGCCUGUCAGAGCAUCAGGUUCCAAUUUUUUCUUCUUGGUAGUGCUGUUGAUUGGGCUCAUCCUGGCUUUUUUUCCUUUGGGAAUCAGUAUAGCACAUAUUCCCUCCUCCAAGGCGUGUGGGCCAUUCAGGAAUUUUAACACUUCAUGGGCAGUUGUACCAGCUACAGUACUUGAGUUUCCAACUGGUCUGCAGCAGGUCCUUUAUGGCAUAGCUUCAGAAGCCUUUGCAGUGCCUUUUUUUAUGGUAAUUUGCCUCAUUAUGUUCUAUUUUAUUGCCUUGGCUGGAGCACACAAACGAGUAAUUGAGCAGCUGAGGGAACAACUGGUUAUGGAGAGUCGUGACAAGCAGUUCCUGAUCAGAAAGAUAACAGAAGCUCAGAGGCAUCCUUGAGAACUGCAAAAAGCCAGGAGAACUUGACUUCCUGAAACUCCCUGAACCACUUAGCUAAGCAUUGAAGCAUCUGCAGCACCUGAAAACUGAGCUGACUGGAACCCUGGCACUGUGGUCUUCGUGAUGGACUCUUGCAUCAUCUUGGUCUUGAUUAUGCUAGUGGGCCCUAAGGUUUCCAAGACUGGAAAUUUAGCUAAUUUAUACUGUUAGAGCUGUCAAAAACACUGUGUGGUAGGACACUCUAUUGCUGCUACCGUUCCAGGGCUGUUUGCAUUUGUCAAAUCCCUGUUUUUGUCAGGGGUUUUCAGUAAAAUGUGCUCAGAACUGAAACUUUGUACUGUUUUCACAGAUGAGGCCUUAAGAAUAAGCAGGAGGGGAAAGGUGGAGUUUUACAUGGUUCCAAGUCAGUUCUUUUUCAAAACCAAAGCAAAAGAGAGAUGCACAUCAGUAGUUUGAAAACCUGCACAGGGGAGGAAAAUGUGGCACGUGCUUGAAAGGAAUUUUCCAAAUAUUUUCAGAGAAGAGACCUCAAUGUUUAUUUUGCUCUGAAAUAGUGAGUGCUGUUGACCACUGGGUAACUUCACAAAGUGGUGCAGAGAAAACAAGCUGGUAAAAGGGCUCUGAAUAAACACUGGGAGCAGGAGGAGACCCCUGGUCUGGUUGGGGAGCAGAGCUUGGCUGUCCCAGGGGUCACCAUUCCUCCAGUACCUGCCUGUGCUGGGCAGGAGCUUUUUUUUUUGGUGGUGUUUUGUUGUUUUUUUUUAAAUGUGCUAGGGCAUUGUGACUUGUGUUUUAUUCUUGUACAAAUACUUUAACUACUGUUCUCUUUGUCAGAAAAUGUGAAUAUUUUAGAGACAAGCUGUAGUUUGGAAAUACAGCAUUCAGAAACCUCA